AGGAAGGGAUGUCGGAUCCGUACGAGAGAGUGAAGGGAGGAAGAUUGACCUUCAAGGACGGAAGUGUAGCCACGCGCAGCAAAGCCAUUGAUAAGAAGAAAAAGAAGAAGAAGAAGCCUAUCGACGAUGCAAUCGCCUCCGUCGAUUUGGUAGGCGACGAUGCGAUAGCGGCAGCAGAAGGCGGAGCUGAAGCAGGAGCAGAAGAAGCGAGCUACUCCAUCGACGCGGCCAAGCGCAUGAAUUACGAUGAGCUCUUCCCCGUCGAAGCCAAGAAGUUUAAUUACGACCCCAAAGUCAUUAAACAGAAGUCCGUCGAGGCCAUUCUUGACGACCGCGUCAAGAAGAAGGCCGACCGCUACUGUAAAUAGAUGCUUUUCCUUUCUUUCUUUCUGCAGGAGCAUUAUGGUGCGGUGAGUUGCCGACUUGGUGGAGGCUGUAUUUGAGAAUCUGCUAUAUUCGCUUUGUUACAUCUAGGGUGAAUCAUAUUCCAAGUCAAGACUCCAGCUAAAAAAGAAAGAAACCAUAUCUGUAGUUCUCAGAUCUUAUUGUUGUUGUUAUGGAACUAUUGGGAUUUUUAGCUUGUCAUAUUAGUCGUUCCUGACGGUUAUAACCGGCAGUUCUUAGUCUUGGGAAAGAUGGCUGAUUGUGCUGCUUUGUACUUGCACACGGAAAAUCCUGAAUCUCUUUUGUGAUUAGUCACAUUCAUAUUA